AUGGCUCAGACCAAAAAAUCUUUGAAAUGUUCAACAACAGAAAUUUACACUCAUCAACGCCCAAAAAGGGGCAAACCCACAAAUCAUACUCAUUCUCCCUCCAAAGAUUCAAUCUUGGCAAAUCCUACGUUGUCAGAAGAAGUAAUAACAGCAAUACUUGUAAGACUUCCAGUUAAAAGCCUCUUAAAGUUCAAAUCUGUUUCUAAAGAGUGGUUUGCUUUAAUCUCCAUUCCUCAUUUUGUGAAGACCCAUCUUAGCUUUUCUGCUAACUAUUCCACCAGACAUAGACUUGUGUUGCAAAUAGACAAGUAUAGUCCGCGUAAGCGCAUUCAUAGACAUUGUUCUGUUGCCUCUUUAUUUUAUGACUCUGUUACUGAGACGUUUGACUUGGAUAAUCCCGUGAAAGACCCCGUAUUAUUUACUUCGAUUGCAGGUUCUAGUAAUGGAUUGAUUUGUUAUAAUAUUUGUCAUGAUUUGACUCUGUGGAAUCCGUCUACUAGAAAGUUCAAGCAACUGCCUGAUCUUGGGCUUCAAAUGACGUCUGAUUUCCAUAUUGGUUUUGGAUAUGAUAGGGUUCAUGAUGAUUAUAAGGUAGUGGCUAUUAUCCGUGAAUUCAGAACAAAUUACUACUAUGCCAAAAUAUAUAGUUUAAAGAGUGAUUCUCGGAGAACAAUGGAUGAUUAUCAAGGCGCGAGGCUAUACCAUCAUUCGGGCAUGUUGGUGAAUGAGAAUCUUCACUGGAUUACUAAAUAUGAUGAUGGUUAUGGCAUCAUGUUCAUUGAUUUGGUUGAUGGAAAAUGUAGUAAGGUGGAGAAGCCCUGGUAUGGAAAAGAAUAUUUAGAUUUAAAACUUGGAGUGUUGGGAAGUCAUUUGUCUGUUAUCUGUUGUCAUGAGAGAAGUGAUGUUUGGGUUUUGAAGGAGUAUGGCGUUAAAGAGUCUUGGACCAAACUGUACACCAUCAAAUGUCCUUACUAUAUGCUUUCUCCACCCCUUUGCAUGUCAAUUGAAGGUGAAAUUUUACACGUGUUUCGAUCAACUUUAAUGACAUACAAUCCAGAGGAUGACUUAAUGAGAUAUCCAGAGAUUACCAAUCUUGAUGGUUACGACCAUCUGGAGGCGGAACUCUAUAUUGAAAGCCUAGGUUGUCCAGUUUUACAAAAUGAACCUAUGGCACAACAUUGAAGACUACAAAAACUCCGGUGGAUGACUGUUUGUUGCUAACAACUGGCAAGUGUUCACUCUAUACAUAUUUUUUGUGUUGUUCAAUUCUACUUUUUAAAAAAAAAAAUAAAAAAAAUUAAAAGUAGAACGGUACAUUGCAUAUGUAAGUUUCCUCUUUGCACCAAAUCUGCUUAGAUAUUGUUGUUCUCUUUUUUGUUGUUGUAUAAUUCCGAAGAAGAACAACUUUUAGCUAAGAAAUCCUUAUUUUGCAAACGUUUUAUCAUUUUGGGUUGAGCAUAGGCACAUUAUGAAGUGCUGAUUUGCAGUGUCCAGAGCUCUCUGAAACUUGCAUCUUAUCAGUUCAUCUUUUUCCCCUUUACAUAAAGGAAAAUCAAUUUCUGUUUUUUUUAA